AUGGCGUCUAGGGGAUUUCCGAGUCGGGAGGACUUGGUCGACUUUACACAGGCAGUUGCUGGGCAUGCCGGUGCUUUAUGCGACACGGACGGCUUUUUUUUUAUCAAGCCAUGUACUCAGCCGGAGAUCGACUUUUACGAGACGGCUCGCGCCCACCAUCCCGAGUUUACCGACCUGAUGCCACUUUACGUAGGCUCUUUGAUGCUCAACCAGGCAUCUGAUGUCGCUUCCGAGAUCACCCACGAGCUUCCAGCCAUCCUUGAUCCCAGCAAUCUGCAGGCUCAGAAGGUCUUGGCCGAAUUGCAGCAGCCACUCGGCGCAUCCAACCCUGAUAUUCAAGCUUCAGCUUCGGCGUCGAUGACUUCUGCCUCCAACGAUGGCGAGAGCUGGACCCCCCGAGGUGGUCAAUGCAUCCUUACCGAUCGCGGUGUUGUCCUGGAGAAUGUGACCUACGGCUACCAGAAGCCCAACGUGCUGGAUGUAAAGCUGGGUCAGAGGCUCUGGGCUGAUGAUGCACCACGUCAGAAGCGCGUGCGCAUGGACGAAGUGCGGGCUACUACGACCCACGAUAAGAUGGGCUUUCGGAUAUCUGGCAUGCGCGUCUUUCAAGGCUCUGCCGGCGCUUCUGAACCGGAGGGCUCGGACUACAAGAUCUACAGCAAGGACUUUGGCCGCUACGAUGUGAACGACGACAAUGUCGUCGACGCAUUUCGCAAAUUCAUCUUCAACAAAGCCGCCGGCAUCGACGAAGACCUCGGCCGGGCUGUGGCGAACGUUUUCAAGCAAGACUUGGAGCGCGUUCGUAGGGUGAUGGAGAAAGAGCGCACCCGCAUAUACUCAUCAUCCCUCCUGUUUGUCUUCGAGGGCGACGGCGCAGCUCUGCGUCAGGCUAUCGCUGCCAACGAGGAAGCGUCUGCAGGAACAUCGAGCUCAAGCUCCCGGCGUGAAGACCGCCGAAAGGAAGACGGCAAACCCGGCGACAGGUCCGCAAGCAGGACAGACAGCGGUAUUGUAAUCGCGUACGACGACCUAGAAAUCGAUAUCGAAAGCAAUAUUGCCCUUGAUGACGACGACGACGAAGAAGAAGAACCAACGCCACCUGCUAUUUGUGGCCUUCGCCUGAUCGACUUUGCCCACGCCCAGUUUUGUCCGGAGGAGGAUAGGCCAGACGAGAACGUUCUGGUAGGGGUUCGAAACUUGAUACGCAUAUUUGACGAACUAUCAAAGUGA